AACAGCUGAUAGUGUUUUGAUUUUGGAAUUCCGCUGACGGCCGCAUAAAUAUAAUGGCAGAAAAUAAAGAAACGCCUAAUAUGGCGAUAUCUGUGAAGAAAAGAAAGCCCAAACUGACCAAGCCCACGAAGCAGCGCGUUUUGAACUAUCUGGAAAAGAAGGGCUUCUCGCGGGAAAACCUGAAGCGGGCCACCGAAAACGGAAAAAACUGCGAGGCCAUUAUUGAGUACAUGGUCAGCAGCUGUGAAAAUGCAGAGGCGAAGGUGGAGCACGAAUGCGAUUCGGUAAGUCUCAACAACAUUAACCAGUGGCUGGAGCUGAUGAAGGCCACACAGUUGUCCGGGCGCUGUGAGUACGAGGCAGCCGCCGUUCUGAACUCCAUACUGCGCAACGAGCGGCGGCCAUCGGCGGCUAAUAUGAAUGGCAUAGAUUUGACUGGUGCCUAUAAAUUCCUGAGCAACGCACUGAUGGGACAGCCCCAGGAGAAAAUGAGUGAUACAACCAAAGCAUUCCUGUCCCGAGAGAUUGAGCUCCUGAUAGCCGAGGCCAACACAGAUGAAUCGGACGAGGCGGCCCGAGACAUGGGGCAGCGGCUGUACAACUGCAAGGAGUACAACUAUCAGGCACAGCCGCAAAAGUGCAGCCUGGACCCGCUGUUCCAGGACGAAUGGAAAACAUAGACGCUGUUUUGUUGUUAUUUUCCACACAUUUAUUAAACAUUAAUAUUCAAUUGUUUUUGUUUUGUACACG